AUCUACUGCUGCUACAAUCAAUUUGUGUUGUGUUCAGCUUGAACAUACAAGUAAACGAAUUGCUAAUGUAUGUGUGUACUAAAGUUUCCAAUUUUGAUAUUGUUUUAAGCAUUUUUAUUUUACAGAAGUGUAUUUUAACUUAUUAAGUUUUUAUGUAAUGUAAAUUACCAUAGAUUACUACUUAAUUUUUAAUUAAUUGUGCUUCUAUUUUUUACAAAAAUGUCGUCAACUAUGUUUGGAUCACCCAUCCUAAAGGAUGAUUCGGAUAAUGAUAAGAUUAAAAUAAUUUUGGAUGAGAUUCAAACAUAUUCUAUGAAUGAAAUACUUAAGGUGAAAAAAAACCUAGAUAUAAUAUAUGGUGCAUAUUCAGAAGAAAAGAAAAAUGGAAUCAAACAACUACAUGAACAAUUAAUGCUUCAUAUAACUACCUUUUUUGAUGAUGUAGUAUUAGAGUCUGACAGAGAUAAAGCUAACAUUAUUAAAGAUAUUGAAGACUUAUUGCUUGAAAAAGAUGUUUUAGAAAAAGAACUGCAAAUGCAUAUACCUGUUGAUGACCAUAAUGAUGCAACACCUUUAAUUGAUGUUCAAAUAAAUAUUGAUAAAGCAUUGCAAGGUUGUAGAAAAAUUAAAGAAGAACGAAUGAAAGAGUUAAAAAAACUUCAAGAUGAAGAAUUGAAAGUAUGUAGUCUUCUCAAUGAACCCCCAAAAUAUGCAAACAUCAAGAGUAUGCCUUCAGCUACACAGCUAGAAACUAUAAAACAUCAUCUUGUUGAUUUACAAAAUAUGCAGAUAAAACGUCGAGCAUUAUUUGUGGAAAGUAAAGAAAAGGUUGAAUUAUUAAUGGAAGCUUUAGAAGAAUCACCAAUAUUGAGUUUUGACAAAAUGGUUGUGGGUGAUUCAAGUAAUUUUAUUCUAUCACAAUCAAAUCUUGAUGAACUUCAGAAAUUAAUCAAACGCCUUGAAGAACAAACAGAAAAUCAAAAAUGUAUUGCUAUGGAGUUACGUACUAAGUUAAGCUCAUUGUGGGACCGAUUGCAAAUUGAUGUAACUUACAGAGAAAAUUUUGUAAGCUCUCGAAAAGGCUAUGGUAAAAAAGUUAUACAAGAGUUAAAAUCUGAAGUGGAAAGAUGUGAAACUCUUAAAAAAGAGAAUAUUAAACAAUUUAUUGAGAACCUUCGUUCCGAACUUAAUGAUCUAUGGAAUAAAUGUCAUUUUGGAGAACGACAAAAAAAAGAAUGUCAAAUAUACUAUAGCACAGAGUAUAAUGAGGAUAUAAUGGAUUUGUUAGAUUUUGAAGUUGACAAUACUAAACAAUUUUAUAAUGAUAACCGAGAUAUAUAUUAUUUAAUUGAAGAAAGAGAUAACCUUUGGAAUAAAAUGGUUAUGAUGCAAGAACAAGCCAAUGAUCCAGCCCGAUUGUGGCAAAAUAGAGGUGGACAGUUGUUAAAAGAAGAGAAAGAAAGAAAAUUGAUUCAAAAAGAAUUGCCUAAAGUAGAUAAAGAAUUAAGAAGUUUACUUCAAUCAUAUGAGCAAAAAACACAAAAGCACUUCAUGUAUAAUGAUGAAAGAUUAUUAGAUAUUAUUGAAAAACAGUGGAAUCAAAUGAAAAAUAAUAAGAAGACUCCGCAAUACUCUAAGCCUAAAACUCAAACAGGAAUUAAAGCUCAAACUCCACUUACAAAUACAAAUAACAAAAGGAAAAUUGUAGCAACAUCUGGCAGUCAUGCUUCUAAGGUCCGUAAAAUUGGCAUGGACCAUAAAGCCGUGAUGACACCUAGAAGAGAAUUAUUUAGUAAAGAUACUAAUGUUGCUACAUUGGUACCAUUAAACUCAACCAAAUUAAAUGACAUUAAUAUAACAUCAAAUCGACCUAAUCGAACAUCUCGUCGAGGAUCCAAUGAUGAAAAUAUAUCUGUGGAAUCCUACGCCACCUUCCAGGAACGUCUUGAAAAUCAAAAACAUGUUAUACUAAGUCCAACUUCUAGAAAUGUCCUAAAAGAAAAUGUACGCUUUACUCCAAGAAAACCAAUUGUAAAAACGCCCUUAAAACAGUCACAAUUACCAGUACCUUCUACACCCAAAACACCAUCAAGAACAACUCCUAGAAAAGUUGUCAACCCUCGAACUGUUACCAAACUUACCCGUACAAUAAACAACAAACUUCCCAUAAUUUUUUAAUUAUUAAAAAAAAUUUAACAUUUGUUUUACAUUUUUCGACUAUUUUGUUAUUUUUUUUUACUGUGUUUUUAUCAAUUUUACCUUUGUAAAUAUUUUAUGUCAGUAUUAUUCUACAAGCACCAACAUAUAAUUUAAUAUGAAGAAAAGCAUUUCGUUCAUGUAUAAAUUCUCAUAAAAUUUAACAUUUACAAAAAUUGUUCAAUUAAGUUCUUGUUAAUUUUCGUAUUUUGUGAAUUUUUGUUUUAUUUUCAACUCGUAAAUGUUACAAUGUUAAUUAUCUAAGUAAUAGAAUUAUAAUAUUUAUUCAUUGAUAAAAUAAAUAGAUUGUUCUCUGUGUGUAUAAAAAACUGUUUAAGUGUAAUAAAAAUUAUAUUUUUUUAAAUCUUUUACUUUUAACUUUCCAAUAAAAGUUAAUUUUAUUGUAAUACCACAUAUAAAAGUAAAAUAACAUACUCAAAAUUAAAACUAAAAAUAUUUUAUAAAUUAUGACGUGCUUAUUUUUAUAUAUUACUAUGUAAAUUAUAAAUAAUAUAUAUUUUUUAUACUUAUUAAAUAUAUGUACAUAUAUAAUUUUCACAGCUUAAAAUAAUUUGCAAAAAAAAAAGUAUACAUAAAUAUUAAGUAUUAUUGUUUGUUUUUUAAUUAUAUAUUAUACUAUUAAAACUAAGAAGUGAAAUAGAAAAUAACAUUUUAUGUUUGUUUAACACCAAAUUAAUGAAUUUUUUUUUUUUAUGUUAUAUAAAAUAAAUAAUGAAAAUCUAUUAGGUAUUGGUAUGCCUUAACUUAAUAUACUGUCAGAUUUGAUAAAACAUUUAUUUUUAAUAAUCUUAAAGAAUUUUUUAAAGAAACUAAUUUUUCUCUUUUAGUUGCUAAAUUUGUAUCAUUAAUUUUGUAUGGGCGUCUGCAGGUAUCAAUUGCCCAACUUUGACUUUUUGCUUGGUCAAUUUUCAUAAUCAUGUAUUAUAAAAAAAUAUUAAUUAAAUUAUAUUAUGAAUACCAAAA